CGCAUUUCCACUCUCAUGGCUUCCUUUACUCAUCGCUUUCUUCUCUUCUUCUCUUGCCUUGUUUGCUUCACAAACUCAUUCCCCGUUCUGGGUUCUCGAUCGAGUUUCGCUUUGUUUCCCGUCGCUAAAGAUGCGGCCACUCUUCAGUACGUCGCCAGGAUUUCUCAUGGCACUCCAUUGCGAUCCUCCGACCUCGUGGUUGAUCUCGGCGGUUCGUUUCUUUGGGUGGAUUGUGAUUCAGGACACGUGUCUUCGUCAAGGAGGUUGAUCUCGAGCUGCUCCGUCAACUGCUCCAGAGCCAAGUCUCAUGAUCUGGGAAAAAAGACAUGUCUUCUAAACACCAACUGUUAUGUGUUCCCCGACAAUGGCGUGACGGGAUUGGCUUCAACAGGGGAACUGGUGGAGGAUGCAAUAGCCGUUGAUACUGUUGACUUUGUAAAGGUAGGAAAAACGACAACCGUCGAUCAUUUUUUCUUUUCUUGUGCUCCGGCCUUUCACUUGCAAGGCUUGGCCAGUGCCGCUAACGGGAUGGUGGGGUUAGGGAAAGCUUCCGUUUCUCUUCCCUCACAGCUGAGUUCCUCGAUCGGACACCCACAAAGGUUCAGUCUUUGCUUAUCGCCUUUAAACGGCGUCGUGUUAACCGGCAACGGAGACGCCGUUUUCGGGACCAAAACAGCAAGGUCGCUCGUUUACACACCCCUAACCAUCAAGCAGAACGACUACUUCAUCCAUGUUAAAUCCAUCAAGAUCGGAGGAAGGAGGUUGAGUUUCCAUGGAGAAGGGAAAUAUUUAGAGGCAAAACUAAGCACAACCGUGGCUUAUACCAAGAUGGAAAGCCCAUUCUUUGCGACGUUUUCCAAAGCUUAUGCGGAAGCAGCCGCAAGGAUGAACAUGACCAGGGUGGCAGCCGUGGAUCCGUUCGGACUCUGCUUCAGUUCGAAAGGGGCUGUCGGGAACAAGAUGCCAGAGAUCGAACUGGUUUUGCAGAGUGAGAUGGUGAAGUGGAGAAUUGAAGGGGAGAAUUUGAUGGUGAAAGUAAACAAAGAAAGAAUUUGUGUCGGGGUUUUGGAUGGAGGAUAUGAACAGAGUAGCCCUAUUCUAAUAGGAGGGCUUCAAAUGGAAGACAACCUUUUGGAGUUUGAUAUUGGGAGUUCCAUGUUGGGUUUUAGUUCUUCUUUGUUGUUCAAGGGAACACCCUGUUCGUCAUUCUUACAAGAUUCCAAGCUCAAGCAGUUUAUCUAAUUUGUCUGUCUUUUAGGGGUUUUUUUAGUUUUUUUUUUGUGAGGGCAAUCGUGAUGGGAUCGAUGGAGAAGAACACGAAGAGAGAACUAUAUUGUAUUAUAUAUGUACUAAAUGAUUUUUUUUCUGUUUAUUAC